CUAAUAGGUGGAUCACGGAGAAGAAUAGUUAAUUUUUGUCCUAAUUUGAAGUAGGAUCUAUCCCGAAAUGUACAAAACAAUUGUGAUUUUUUCCUGCCUAGUAGCCCUUUGCCUGGCUACUCCACUUCCAGAACAACAAAAGAAAACCGACAAAAGAUCUGUAGGCGUUGUAGUACCAGAAACUCACGCCGAAGUCUCCUACCAAAACGUUCCAGUAGUACGAAACGUCCAAGUACCAGUAACCAGACAUGUUUCGGUUCCAGUGACCAGCAAUGUCAAUGUGCCAGUCGUCAACAAUGUUCAAGUACCAGUAGUGAACUACAAAACACACUACACGUACCACGCUCCCUUAGUUUAUAGUUCUUAUGUAGUACCAUCCAGUUAUUAUUCUUAUUCUCUUUAAUAUUGUUUAUAAGAGUUGUAAAUAUUUAAAUAAUAUUUGUAAGAUGUACCAAAAUAUAAAAUGAAGUUAGGAA